AUGUACCUCCCCAUUUGUCUUACUAUUGUUUACUCUGCCGCCGUUGUACAUGCCAUGGUGACUGGCGAUGCUUCCAGCUAUGUCCGUGAACAAGCCAGGUAUCACGGCCAAUGCGUCGUGGAGAUUUAUAAUAGCCAGAACCAACGAGCCGACAUUCUUCAUUCGCAAAUAUGGAUGCGGGAGACACUACCAGACUAUACGUUGCACCCCCUUUCUCGAUACGCCGUUCUUGUCGACGGGGAUUGUAACGCCAGAGCGGAGUAUGGCAUAGCGCCCCCGGGAAAUACGUUCAGGGGCUGUACGGCUUACGAGUACCGUACGAAUGGAGAUUCAUGUCCGUGGCCCAGGCAUGUCCAUCGGGCCCAGCCCGAGCCUGAGCCUGAGGAGUCAACAUCCGGGUGGUUCUUUAGCUGGGGAGAGAAGAAUAAAAAGCCUGCUUUAACAGGUGGUCGUCAAACCGAAGCUUACAUCGACCGCAAGACGGGGCGGCGUGCAGUUCGAACUUUGAAGGCCACGGCCGCUGCUUGCCUGGAAGUUAUUCCGGAAUUAUUUGGAUAUGACCUUCCCUUCAAUCCUUUUCCUGAUGCCUCUUCGCCUUUUGCUCUUAAGCUCCCGAUUGCAGGUACAUGA